CAGUUGUCAAAAUUUAUUUAAUUUUUGUUGAACAUAGACGCUUAUGUUUUCCAUAAUUUAAAAUUUAAUUUAAAUGCAUUAAUUAAUACAACGUAGUGAAUUUAAGAACAAUCUACAGUUUUUAUAGAUUAGGAUAUACUAUAUCGAAAAAUCAAUUGUAUUGUGAAACGAACAUUAAGUAAUACUCAUAAUGACUACAAAGAUAGACCAAAAGGCGUAUUUACAAAAAUAUCUUGGUGGCCCAUCAGGAGAUAAAAAGAAAAAGAAGAAAAAAGUCGUUAAAGGCAAAGGUUUUCGAAUCAUAGAUGAUGAUCUGGACUUAAAUAAAUUGAGACCCCUUGAUGAUGAUGAACUGGAUAUACUCAAUGAAGGUGAAGACGGACCGCAAAUUGCAGGUAUCAUUGAUGAUAGACCUGAGGAGCUAAAGAAAUUGGAGCAAUUCAAAACCAACUCAAAAUGGAGAGUUAUCAAUCAGGAUGAUGGUUUCAAUAGUAAAUUACAAAUAGAAGAAAUAAAAAGUGAUAUUAAAGAAACGGAAAAGGAGAAUGAGAUUAUAUUUGGAAAAAUGUACAGCGACUCUGAGGAUGAAAAGAAAAAUGAUUCAGACCCAUCACCUCCAAGGAAAUUAAAUAACGAUGUAUCAAAAACUACUUCUUCCUCUAAAAACCGCAAAAAUAAUAGUGACAGUGACUUUAGUCCACCCAGAAAAGAAAGGGAAUCAACAUCGAAGAAAAGUAAAUCAGAAAAUAAAAAAGACUAUGAUUCUGAUCUGUCACCACCUAGAAAACAAAAUGUCCAGAACUCAAAAGGUAAAAAACCAAGAAAGCCCAGUAGAUGGGGUGAUGCUGAUGACGAUGAAAGAAAAAUACAACAUAAUUCAUCAACUAAAUCGUCAAAAAGAUCUCCAUCACCUAAACAAUAUAGACAACAAUCCGAUUCAGAUGUAUCGCAACCUAGGAAACCAGAGAAAAGUGAUAAAAGAAGGAACUAUGAUUCUGACCUUUCGCCACCAAGGAAAUCGAGAAAACACUCACCAACACAGAGACAUAGAUCACCGGAUUCUGAUAUCUCACCUCCGAGAAAACGAAAGCAAUCACCUGAAAGACAAAGAAAUAAUAAACAUAGAAAUGAUGACAAAUAUAAAAAAAUGAAGUCAUAUAAAGAUUCAGAUUCUGAUUUAUCACCACCUAGGAAAAAUAGAAGACAAAAAUCACCGUCACCACCCAAUAAAUAUAGGAAACAUUCACCAGAGAAUCGACGUAAAAGAAAAAAUAGUGACUCUGAUUUGUCUCCUCCGAGAAGAGAUAGGAAUACUGUGAAUGAUAAAGUAUACAGAAGAACCAGUGACAGUCCACCUCCAUCUAAUAAAAAAAUGGCUAGGACAUUAGAAGGGAAAAUGGCUGGUUUGCAGAAUGCCAAGCAAUUGAAAGAAGAAAAUGAACAAUUCAGGAGGAAAGAAGAUGAAGCUUUCAGUAGAAUGACUGAUGAUGUAUCAGGAAGGAAUGCUCAAGUGGUGUCUAGAAAAAGUAAGAGAGAGACUUCUGAAGACAGACAAAAACAAAGGGAAAAAGCUGAAAGACAGAAAGAGCUAGAUGAAAAAUACAAAAAAUGGAGUAAAGGUUUAAAACAAAUUGAGGCACAAGAAGCUCGCGUGCAAGAGUAUAUGCAUGAGGCGUCGAAGCCUCUAGCGCGGCAUAAAGAUGACCGCGACCUAGAAGACAGUCUGAAGCAAAUUGAAAGAGAUGGAGAUCCAAUGCUGCAGUAUAUAAGGGAGAAGAAGAGAGAGAGGGGAGAGUUAGGUCCAGAGAAACCUACAUACAAAGGCAAUUUCCCGCCAAACCGCUUCAAUAUAAGGCCAGGGUAUCGAUGGGACGGAGUGGAUAGAUCCAAUGGGUACGAAAAGAAAUUCUUCGACCAGCAGAGCAAGAGGAAAGCGCAAGAGGAAGAGGCGUAUAAAUGGAGGACUGAAGAUUUGUAAUAUAUUUUGUAUAUACAAUUAAAUAAUUUAGAUAAUAAAUA